UCGCCAAUGGCGCUCUGCUGUUUAAACCCGGCAGUGUCGAGCCGAGCCGAGCCGAGCCGCGAGCGAAGAUCCCGCUUUGUUUGUUUGCCUUUGGACCCAGUCCCAGGGGACAAUGAUCAGCGACGAGGGAGGCGAAAGCGCGCGCACGAGCCCCUCCUGCGUUCCCCCCUCAGCGCACACGCCGAGUGGCACCGAACGCCGCGGCUACGAGCUACCAGCCCGCCCUAGUCUGCGCACAUCCUGCUGUGGAGCUGACGCUAUGGAGGACGUUUUCCCUACCUCUUCUUCGAAGGAGGUGCUGGUGCAGAUGGCAUCUGAGCUGGGCUGUAGCCCCACCUCCAUGGAGCUGGCCUCUCACCUUGACCACAACGAUGAGCUACAACACCUCCGAGAGCAGUUCCUGAUACCCAAAGUGACUGACCUGCCUUUCACCGAUCACUCGGUGGCGGACGCCACGGAGGACUGCAUCUACCUUGCAGGAAACUCUCUAGGACUUCAGCCGAAGAGAGUAAAGACGUACAUCGAGGAGGAGCUGGACAAGUGGGAGAAAAUGGGGGUUCAUGGCCAUACGACAGGAAGUCGCCCUUGGGCCUGGGCUGAGAACACCAUAGAAGGUCUCAUGGCAAACAUUGUGGGAGCAAAGGCUGAAGAAAUAGCGCUGAUGAAUGGCCUGACUGUUAAUUUGCACCUUCUGCUGCUCUCCUUCUACAAACCCACGUCGGAGCGACACAAAAUCCUCAUGGAGGACAAGGCCUUUCCAUCGGACCACUACGCCGUGGAGUCCCAGAUACGGCUGCGCGGACGCGAGCCCAAGGAGAGCCUGCUGCUCGUGAAGCCCAGACAGGGCGAGGACACGCUGAGGACGGAGGACAUCGUGGCCACCAUUGAGAAGGAGGGGGACUCCAUAGCCGUGGUUCUCUUCGGCGGAGUGCAGUACUACACGGGGCAGCUCUUCGACAUGCCUGCCAUUACCAGAGCUGGCCACAAAAAGGGUUGCUUCGUGGGCUUCGACUGCGCACACGCCGCGGGGAACGCAGAACUGCGGCUGCACGACUGGGGGGUCGACUUUGCCUGCUGGUGCUCCUACAAGUACCUGAACUCUGGAGCUGGUGGCUUGGCCGGGGCCUUCGUCCACGAGAAGCACACACACAGUGUGAAACCAGCUCUGCUGGGAUGGUGGGGCCACGAACUGAAGACAAGAUUUCACAUGACCAAUGAAAUGGAACUGAUCCCAGGAGUCGGUGGAUAUAGACUGUCCAACCAGCCCUUUUUGCUCGUGUGCCCUUUGCAGGCCAGUCUGGAGAUCUUCAACCAGACCAGCAUGGCUGCACUAAGGAAGAAGUCCAUGCUCCUCACCGGGUACCUGGAGUACCUGCUGCAGCAGCACUGCAGCCCCGACCCGGCAAACCCGCGCAAGCCCUACGUGCGCAUCCUGACUCCUGCACGGCCCUCCGAACGCGGUUGCCAGCUGUCACUCUCCUUCUCCGUACCCAUCAGCACCAUCUUCAAGGAGCUGGAGAAGAGGGGUGUGGCUUGUGACAUGCGUGAGCCCGAUGUUCUGCGCGUUGCCCCAGUGCCACUGUACAACUCCUUCCGCGAUGUCCACCGCUUCGUCGCUGUGCUCAGGGAGGUCCUGGCCUGUGAGGCGUUGUGACGCCAUGGCAACUGCGCUCCAAGCCUUCCACGAUGGACAGAGGCCACAGAGCCAAGCCGCGCCGAGACAAGCCCACAUGCAUCCCAGAGUCGCUCAGGAAUGCAGAGCAUAUUUACAGCUCUGCUUCAUUCUUAAUUGAUUCUAACUUAUGGCACUGGAAUAAAAUUACAGUUAUUUGGUCUUAAUUGAUUCAACUGUAUUCAUCAGGAAACGAAAACAUUUCAGUGUUAAUGUGUCUCGGUACAAAACAGACCAUUAUCCAGAACGAGCAGAGACGUCCUGCGCAUUUUUGCAGAAAGCGAGGUCUGAAACGUUAUUAUAAUGUAAUCGAGUUCUUCAGGGAUCAUUAAUUUUACUAAUGAAAAAGCAGCUGGGAGACGUGUGCGAUAAUAGAGCCACAAUUGCGAGGUGAUAAAUAAAGACGACAAUCCAGCAGACCUUG